AUGUCGACCUCCACCCCCACUUCCACCGCCAUAAUCGGCUCAACCGGCCUCGUCGGCUCCCACAUACUCUCAACCCUUCUCACCUCACCCACCACCUCCUCCCAAGUCCAAACCAUCUCCCGCCGCGCGCCCGCCAACCCAACCAACUCCUCUCGCCUUUCUCCCACCGUCAACGCCGAUACCUCAACAUGGCCUACCCUCCUCUCCUCCCUGGUUCCCUUGCCGACAACCGUCAUCUCCUCUCUGGGAACCACUCGCGUCGCGGCAGGUGGCAUCGCCAACCAGUGGAAGAUUGACCACGACCUCAACGUGGACCUAGCCAAAGCCGCCAAACAAGCGGGUGUCAAGAACUUUGUCUUUAUCUCGUCCGCGGGGACUAGGGGCGCUUUGAGCACCAAGGUGCCUUAUUCGCAGAUGAAGCGCGGGGUGGAGGAUACGAUUCAGUCUCUGGAUUUCGAGCACGGCAUCAUCCUCAGGCCGGGCUUGAUCCUAGGAGAGAGGGAGAAGGCGCAGCAUGCGGGUCAGGGAUUGUUGUAUGGGCUGGUAAGGGGAUUGGGGAGGUGGGUUAGCUUGGGCGUGCAGGAUCGGUUUGCGCAGGAGGCGGAGGUGAUUGCGAGGGCGGCGGUCAAGGCGGCGAAAAUGGCGGAGGAGGGGAAGGCGCCGGGGAAGUGGUGGGUGUUGGAACAGGAUGAGAUUGUCAAGUUGGGGAGGGAUGAAUGGAAGGAGUAA